AUGGCCGGCGGCUCGCAGUGGCCGCGGUCGUUCUGGACCUCGGUGCUGUUCCUGUCGCUCCUGUCCACGGCGACCGCUCGUUACCGGUUGCUCGUGUUGCAUACCAACGACAUGCACUCGCGGUUCGACCAGAUCGACGAGAUGGGCUCGGAGUGCGUCGGGUCCGGCCGGCAGUGUUACGGCGGUUUUCCACGUCUCAAGACGGCCGUCGACCGGGAGCGCCGCCGCGCCGACGCCGACUCCGUCGACGGCACGCUGUUCCUCAACGCCGGUGACACGUUCCAGGGUACGGCGUUCUACUCGUUCUUCAAGUGGCGAGCCGUCGAACGCAUGAUUCGGACGCUCGGCAUCGAUGUCAUGUCUUUGGGAAAUCACGAAUUUGACGACGGUGUGAGAGACGUUGAAUCGUUUUUAAGAAGCAUAACCAUACCAGUAGUAGCUAGUAAUCUCGACCUAACCGACGAACCUGUAUUGGCCAGUGAGCCAAACUUGAUGAAGUCUAAAGUUCUGACGGUGAAUGGUCGCAGAAUUGGAAUUAUCGGAUACUUAACGCCGGAAACAGAACUUAUAGCACAAACCGGCAACGUAAAAAUACUGCCAGAAAUCCCAUCGGUUGCGGCCGAGGCGAAACGUCUGAAAAACGACGGGGUGGACAUUCUCAUAGCUUUGGGACAUUCUGGCUUCGAAAUGGACAUACAGAUAGCCAGAGACGUCGAGGACAUCGAUUUGGUAAUUGGCGGACAUUCAAAUACUUUUUUAUACACAGGAAAACCACCGGGUAUCGAUAAGCCUGUCGGCCCAUAUCCUUUUAUAGUGAAACAGCCAAACACCAAAAGGAAGGUGCCCGUUGUCCAGGCAAAUUACAUCACCAAAUAUUUGGGUGAAUUGUGGAUGGAGUUUGAUGAUGCCGGUGAAGUUAUCACAUGUUAUGGAAACCCAAUUUUAUUGGAUUCCAGUAUCAAACAAGAUCCCGAAGUAUUGACCGAAGUAAGAACGUUGAAAGAAAUGAUUGAGAACAAGACUAAACAAGUAAUCGGUUCGUCCAGCGUAUUCUUGGAAGGCGAAAAUGAAUAUUGUAGGUUCAGAGAAUGUAACCUGGGAAGUUUCAUAACGGACUCAUUCGUAAAUUACAAUAUUCGAAAAAACAUUAAAUCGUUUGACCUGACCAAAUACUGGACCGAUGCGCCCAUAUCGUUGAUACAAGCUGGAGGGAUACGGACAAACAUCAAUAAUUUAAAUAGAGGUGGUAACAUCACUUUUGGAGAUUUAUUGUGGACGCUGCCGUUUAAAAAUGAUAUAGGUAAAAUCACGACUACGGGUUCAGACAUUUGGACAGCUUUUGAGUACUCCGUUCGGCGGUACAGCACAACGGUGUCCAAUGGUGAAUUCCUACAAGUUUCAGGAUUAAAAGUCGUAUUAGACUUUGGUCGGCCCAGUGGCGAGCGGGUGCAAUCCAUUUACGCUAGGUGUGGAAAUUGCGCCGUUCCCAAGUACGAGAAAUUGGAUUUAAACGCCAAUUACACGAUAAUUAUGAGCAAAUAUCUGUCAAGUGGCGGGGACGGGUUCUCGUUCAAAAAAUUGGUAAAAUAUCAGAGUUUCGGAACAUCCGAUUUGAACAUCAUUGAAGAAGAGUUCCUUGUGAGGUCACCGAUAUGGCCGGAAGUCGGUCAGCGGAUAGUGCUGCUCAACGUGGGAGACUUGAACAAGGCGAAGGCAACUAGCAGCGAUAGCCAACGCCUUUCGACACCCCUGUCCGACCUGACAUUAUUACUGUUGACGAUCGCGGUCACGUUGUGUCUGACGGACCGACUUAUUGUAUUAUGA